AUAUAUAAGCAUCCCUUCCUUUCUUCUAAACAAACACACCAACUUCUCCGCACCUCUCUCUCUCUCUCUCUCUCUCUCUCUCUGUGCAUUUUCCAAUGGAGGUGAUAACAAAGAAUCAAAGUUGUAAACCCUGUUCGACUUCAACUCCUGAUCUAGCCGUGCACCAAGAUUCAAAGAAAAUAUCGAAACCCAAACCAAAGAUACGCAUAAUUCACAUAUUUGCACCCGAAAUCAUCAAAACCGACGCAGCAAACUUCCGCGAGUUAGUGCAACGGCUCACCGGUAAACCCAGUACAGAAAAGGGCUGCAAUGAGAAACCAAGAAUUACUGGAAGAGAAAAGCCGAGAACUGCUACAUUCGACGAGCCAGUGGCGAAGAAAAUAGAGCUCCGACCUAUGAUUCAUGGUCUGGAGUCAAGGGAGAGAGUUAAGGACGAGGAAGGGAUGUGGAAUGGCGAGAAAUCAGGUGGGUUCUUGGGCGGUUUUGCAGACUUGGAGGGUUUUAUCCAAGAGCUUGGUGAGUUCCCACUUCUUCCGUUGGAUGCUAAUUCCCACAUGCAUGGUUUUGGAGAAGCUCAACUUGCCUAGCUAUUGAAAGAAACCGAUGGAAUGGUUUUCUUUCAUGGCCAUUUCUUCUGUCAUUUUAUGAUCAACGUUUGAGCUUUAGAAGUUUUUUUAGGUUGAUAUUAAUUAGGAAUUUUGUUUUGGAUAUGUUAAAUGGUUUAAGUAUCAUAUGGUAUCUGAUGAUCAUCUUUAUUUACUUAAUUUUCUGAUUCUCUUAAGAUCUAUCUAUUCUGUAAAUAGCCGGGCUAUACUCUCAGGCUUCUUGAUCUCCAGCAGAGAAAUUGCCUUAAUUCUACACGACAACAUUUGGAUGUAAUAGAAGCAACUAGAGAUAUUUUCUUAAACUAUUUUUUUAUAAGUUUUCAUAUGAAAUUUCAGUUCAGUACUGUAUAAGGGUUUUGUCUCUUUCGUUUGGAUGUGGCACUGGCUCGUCUUUGUGGGCCUCUCUUUCACUCUCUCGAUCUUCAGAAUAUUUUCUGGCGAACCAAACAAG